UCCCGCCCAGCGCCUAGCAACCAGUGAUGUCAGAUGCCCGACGCGCUGGCCGAGUCUCUGGUGCUGUGUACAUGUGUGCGGGGACAUUUGCUGGAGUGACUGUGUGCUGUGAGGGGGAGAGACAGAGACACACCACUGCCUUCUCCAUGCAGAGACACAGCCUCGGGGUCUUCCCCUCUCCCCUCUGCAAGACGAGCAUGUGACCUGUCUGGACAGCACAGCAGGAGGAACAAACACAGAGCCUUCCGUGCGAGAUAAGGGGUCGGGACACUGACAGCUGGAUUCUUGCUACCUCCAUGGCCCCAUCUGCAGAUGAAAAUGCCCUUUUUUCUCCAUGGUCACUUACUCCAGUCCUUUCACCAGAAGAAGAGCAAGAACUUCAGGAGUAUAAGUCAGGGAACAUCAGUCUGCCACUGUGCCCAUAUUUUGCUGCUCAAAUUAUAGACAAAAGGCAAAUUUCUCGGUUAUCCCAGGUUCUUUCUUUGAAAUACGCUUUUUCAGAUGGUAUGAAGCACUUAAAGAGGGUUCGAGCUCAUCGGCCUCAUCUUGACAUUCUGCUUCGUCCUGUCACAGCUGAAGAGAAAAUUAACCUUUCAAAAGAUAGAGCUACCAACUAUGCUGUAAACAGUGCAGUUUUUAGCUCAGAAAAUAUUGUGACGGUUGGUGACACAACUCGGGUUCCUUUACUCACACAAAUUUUCAAAGAAGACCCCAUUGACUUAACUGGUUUGGGAGAACCAUUUGUGGUUUCAGUCCCAUUGCGUGCAGCAAGGAAUUGUAAAGAGCAGCAGGUGUGGGCAGGAAUUUGGCCUAGCACCUACCAUGCGAAGCCUAAGACAGUGAACCUAGAGGAAGCCAGUCGUGGAGGAGGAGUGUCUGAUGAGGAGAAAUUAAGAAUUGGUAGUUACAUGUGCAGGGCUGUGGAAGCCGCACAGAGGAACCAGGAUAGAGGAGGGAAAGGUAUGGGCGCUGUUGUGGUAGACCGAGAAAGUGGAAACGUUUUGGCAGUGGGGACUGAUCAAACUGGAGAAAAGGGAGGGCCACUGCUUCAUGCUUGUAUGGUAGCAAUAGACAUGGUGGCACGCCAACAAGGAGGAGGUGCAUAUGCAUGCCUUGUUGGACUGGAAACUGAACAACAACCCAAAAAGCACAGUCUAACCAAAAAGGAUGGAGAACAAAAAAAGGUUGAGAAGGAGAGCCAUAAACGUACAAAAGAGAACAGUGGACAGUGUACUGGAGAGCUGCCAUACCUAUGUACUGGGUAUGAAGUAUACGUAACACACGAACCUUGUAUCAUGUGUUCCAUGGCACUUCUCCAUUCCCGUGUGUCCUGCGUGUACUAUGGAUGUUGCUCCCCUGGAGGUGCACUAGGAACUUUCUAUAGACUUCACUGCCACCCAGGCCUUAACCACAAGUUCCUCGUAUUCCGAGGAGUGAUGGAAAAGGAGUGCCAAGCCCUGGUUUCUGGGGCAGAAGUGUGAUCCUUAUCUUCUCACCAAAAGGACCUUUUCAAGGGUUUGUCCACUUGGUAGUUCAUUUAUGAGUAGAUGUAUGUGGAUUGAACAUCCAACGAUAUUCUUAUCUCUUGUGAAAUGUUCCAAUAAGAUCUCCUGAACAGUUCUGGGUUGUACCUUCCCACAGUGUGAAAUCUAACACCAUUAUUUUCUUGAAUGCAAUAUCAUAAAGACUACAGUAGCAGAAGGGUUCUCUGAUACAGAAAUUUAUGAUGACCAAAUCCCAGUGAUAUACAGGAAGCCCAUGGGUUAUUGACCUAAUCACCAUCACUAUAAACAGCUUUGGGUGGACUAGGGCAAUUGUCUCAGAGCUGUUUGGUGGGAAAUUGAUAGAGGUGAAGGUAGUGUGUAUAUGACACCUACUGUCAUAAACAAUUCUGAAAUGGGCCAGAGCAUUUCCAUAGACUGAUAGACUUAUAUGUACAUUAUCUUGCAAACUUUACUCAUCUUCUGAAGUCCAUCAGCUUCAAGUGAACUUGUCCUGACCUGUUUACAACUUUUAGUACUUGUUCUUUUAAAAAUGUUUUAUUUUUGUUAUUAAACCCCAAAUCUUUUACAUUG